CUUUUGAUCAACCAUAGGACAUGCGAUCAACUCUCGAGCGGUUUGGAAGUAACAUAGUAUUUUCAAAUGGCCUUAUGGACCCAUUUAGUCCUUUCGGGGUGUUAAAAUAUAUUUCAAAAACUUUUGUGGCUUUAACAACUAAAAAAGGGUCUCAUUGCUUAGAUUUCAAUUACCCAUCGCACGACGAUCCAAAAUGGCUAAAACUCCAACGAGAGAAGGAAUUGAAGAUGUUUUCUAGAUGGAUAAACAAUAAUUCUUUCAACAGUCCCCAAAUUCUGUUUAACUGGUUUUGUUUUGGCCUUGUUUUUACGUUAUUGUUAUAGAUGCUUGUACGUAUUUUUGGGCACUCACGAAACUUGAUAUAGUGACAAGUGAAGGAAA